AGGACCGCGGCGCGUGCUGCCAGCAGAAGGCCAAGUGCAGCACCUUCACGGGGAAGUGCAAGGCCGACGAGAACGUUCGGAUGGACGCGGAGGAUGCGUUCUGCGACGGCCUUAAGUGCACCGAUGAGGACAAGGCUGCGUGUUGCGAGCCCAAGGCCAACUGCCGCGACUUCGCACUCGGCUGGAAGUGCCCAGAAGGGCAGGCCCUCGUGCAGCCCCCCACCAAGACGUUCUGCAAGGGCGGCGAGUGCUCGGAGGAGGACGUCGACACCUGCUGCGAGGCCCGAGCCACGUGCUCCGACUUCACCUGCCCGGCCAACACCGACACCAGGCCCGGGAGCGAGGAGGCGCUCUGCAAGUACUCCCACUGCUCUGUGAAGCACGACAAGUCCACGUGCUGCAUCAUUCGGGCAAACUGUGCCGACAACAUGACGAACGCGGACUGCCCGGACGGCUAUUGGUUGCCCAGCCACAACGAGACCUUCUGCGCUGGCGAGAAGUGCACCUACGAGGAGAAGGCUGGAUGCUGCAAGCCCAUGGCAUCAUGCGCUAAGUUCUUCAACGACUGCCCGGUGGGCCACAUGCUCAAGCUGUCCUCUCUCCAUGCUCAUUGCAGGGAUGAGGAGUGCGACGAGUCGGACUCCAACACUUGUUGCAGCCCGAUCCCAGGCAUCACAGGGGCAUCGAUUUCGCAUUCGUCUGGCAUAGAGAGCGCAGAGGUGCUGGAAUACUUGCAGGACAACCCCGACUCUAUUCGCAAGGUCAGCGGCAAGUGGAUCAUAGGGCUGGAGGACCGCGACUGUGACAGCACUUGUGAGACGGACGGGCUCAUCUGCACGGAGGCGAGCUGUUUCUUCGUUGAUUGAGUGUGAAUGUCGUUGUGCCGCUGUGUUCCGAGUCAGCGUGCCGUUCUGUCGCGCUUGGGUCUCUGUAUAAUUGUAUUCGAGCUGGUGCUUAUGAAGAUUCGCAUUUGCUGUCAGUACUGUCG